AUGAACCCUUCUAAUCCUUUCAGCGGACAGCAGCAGUCUGGUGUGUUUUCAGCAUCUUCUAGUAAUUCCUUAGGAGUGUUUAAUGCUAAGCCAUCAUUCAGAUUUGGUCAACCUUCUCUUUUUGGACAAAACAACACUGGACAGAGCUCAGGAUUUUCACAAGUAUCCAGCUUUCCAGUAUCUUCAGGAGUAACUCAUUCCUCUUCAGCACAAACAUUAGGAUUUUCUCAAACUUCAAAUGUUGGCGUCUUUUCUGGACUUGAUCACACUUCAACCUUUGCAUCUACCACUGCGUCUUCAAGUUCAUCUGUGGCUGGAAACCCAGGAUUUAGUUUUAAAUCACCCCCCAAUCUUGGAGUUUUUCCGAGUGGUUCUCAUUUUGGACCAGAAGCUGGAGAAAGAGCAAGCUCUGGCUUGGGAAAAACAGAAUUCAGCUUUAAGCCUCUGGAAAAUGCAGUGUUCAGACCAAUACUAGGGGCUGAAUCUGAACCAGAAAAAACUCAGAGCCAAAUUUCUUCAGGAUUUUUUACAUUUUCCCGCCCAAUUAGUAGUGGAUCUGGAGGACUAGCCCCUUUUUCUUUUCCUCAGGUGACAAGUAGCUCACCUAACAAUUCAAAUUUCAUCUUUUCGAAACCAGUUACUAGUAAUAAUGCAUCAUCAUCUGCCUUUGCGCCUGCUUUGUCGAACCAAAAUGUUGAUGAAGAGAAGAGAGCUCCUAAAUCACUGUUUGGAAGCUCAAAUAGCAGCUUCACUAGCUUCGCUGUAUCAUCAGGGUCUUUGAGUGACCCCUUCUCAGGAGGCAAAACCAGUGUCAGACAAGGAUGCGAGGAAACUGUCUCCCAGAUGGACCCUAUUCCUGGUCUCAUGAAAGGGCUGAAAAGGAAAGAGGACCAGGAUCGCUCCCCAAGGAGACAUGACCGGGAUACAGGGGAAGACUCGGACCCUCUGUCCCGGGGCGACCACCUUCCAGAGAAGCGGCCAGUCCGCCUGAACCGACCUCGGGGAGGCACCCUCUUUGAUCGGACCUUACAGGAUGUCUUGAAGAGCAAUAAAGAGAUAAGCCGCCAGGGCACCAAGGAACCGAAAAAGGAAACAAGCUGUGUCGAGUCUGAGGACAGUGAACACAUGGCUGUGCCAGGUGGGAGUCAGUCUGUCUUGGCGCUUUCCUGGCUUUCUGGUGUGAAGAAAGAUGAAGAAGUGGAGAGAGAGAAGAAAGAAGAUCCUCUAAGAGGAACUCCUGUGCGUCCAAGUAAAAGAAGUGAAAGUGCCAACAAUCUUGGGGGCUUGCCCUCUGCAGAAUUAACAGCCAUCCAGUGCAAGAACAUCCCUGAUUAUCUCAAUGACAGAACCAUCCUGGAGAACUACUUUAACAAAAUAGCCAAAGUGCAGCGCGUCUACACUAGGCGCAGCAAAAAGCUUGCUGUGGUAUACUUUUUUGAUCACUCAUCUGCGGCUCUGGCAAGGAAGAGGGGGAAAGGUCUACAUAAAGACAUGGCUAUCUUCUGGCAUAAGAAGAAAAUAAGUCCUAACAAGAAACUCUUUGCCCUCAAAGAGAAGCAGCCAAGUGAAGGUGAAGUGAAGCUGGGCCCAGAAGACGUGCCCUCCCAGCAUUCGCCCUUGCGCAAGCCCGUGGGCAGGGUGGCAGCCAGCAGUGGCCUGAGUAAAAGCUCUCCAGUGAAGAAGCCUAGUAUCCUAAAGCCCCCUCACUUUGAAGGCGACUCCUUUGAUUCUGGCUCUGAGGAUUCCGAGGGCCUCGGACCCUGCAUAUCUUCCCUCAGUCCCCUGGUGGGCACUGUGGCUGAGACCUCUGAGGAAAAGUACCGCUUGCUGAACCAAAGGGACAGGAUCAUGAGGCAAGCUCGGGUGAAGAGGACUGAUUUGGACAAAGCAAGGACUUUUGUUGGAACGUGCCCAGAUAUGUGUCCUGAGAAGGAGCGGUACAUGCGGGAGACCAGGAGCCAGCUGAGUGUGUUUGAAGUGAUCCCUGGGACAGACCAGGUGAACCACGCAGCAGCCAUAAAGGAGUACAGCCGGUCCUCAGCGGAUCAGGAGGAGCCCCUGCCACAUGAGCUGCGGCCCUCAGCAGUGCUGAACAGGACCAUGGACUACCUGGUGAACCAGAUCAUGGACCAGAAGGAGAGCAGCCUGUGUGACUGGUACGACUUCGUGUGGAACCGGACACGGGGCAUUCGGAAGGACAUCACACAGCAGCACCUGUGCGACCCCCUGAUGGUGUCCCUGAUUGAGAAAUGCACACGGUUCCAUAUCCAUUGUGCUCACUUCAUGUGUGAGGAGCCCAUGUCCUCCUUCGAUGCUAAGAUCAAUAAUGAGAAUAUGACCAAGUGCCUCCAGAGUCUGAAGGAGAUGUACCAGGACCUGAGGAACAAAGGCAUCUCUUGUGCCGGUGAGGCAGAGUUCCAGGGCUACAAUGUGCUACACAACCUCAACAAAGGGGAUAUCUUAAGAGAAGUACAACAGUUCCCCGCUGCUGUUAGAAACUCCUCGGAGGUGAAAUUUGCCGUUCAGGCCUUUGCUGCACUGAACAGUAACAACUUCGUGAGAUUUUUCAAACUGGUCCAGUCUUCAUCUUACCUGAAUGCUUGUCUUUUACAUAGUUACUUUAAUCAGAUCCGCAAAGAUGCGCUUAGGGCGCUCAACAUGGCCUACACGGUGAGCACGCAGCGGUCCACUGCCUUCCCCUUGGACAGUGUGGUACGCAUGCUGCUCUUCCAAGAUGGCGACGAGGCGGCUGACUUCCUCAGCUACCAUGGCCUCUCUGUUUCUGAUGGCUGCGUUGAACUGAACCGGUCGUCGUUCUUGGAACCAGAAGGCUUAUUUAAGGCCAAGAAGUCGGUAUUCAUCACCCAGAAGCUGGUGGUGUCAGUGGGGGAGACCGUGAAUGGGGGACCUCUGCCCCCUGUCCCCUGCCACACACCUGUGUGCAGUUUCAACUCCCAGAAUAAGUAUAUUGGGGAGAAUCUGAUCACAGAGUCAGCCACCAGCUCCCAGAGACCUGGUGUGGAGACUACUGGUGGCGUGAGAGGAGAGGAGCAUGCUGCAGAGCCCGCCGUGCCCCUCCCUGGAUUGCUCCCACAGCCUCUGGCCCACACCACCUUGCCCAUGUCUUUGCCUCAUGUUCCAGCCCCAUCAGCAGCUGUGGCACCACCUAGCCUCUUCCAGCCCCCCAUGCAGCCAGAGCUACUUCCACCAAGGAUGGCACCCGUGUAUUCUGAUGCGGACAUUGCACAGGUGGUAGAUGAGAUCAUCCACGAUGUUCUUGAGAGGGACUGUGAGGAGGUUGGUGGUGUUGGAGCAGCGUAUGCAGCCACGGCCCUCAGUGUAUCCGUUUCGGCUGCGGAGGAGCUUCUGGCGGCUGCCACGGAGGACAUCCUGAGGGCUGUGGCAGCGGAGGGUGUGAGUGAGGCGCAGGCACAGGCCCAGGAGGAGCGACGUCGGGCGGAGCAGGAGAGGUUGAAACAGGAGAGAGAGUUGUUUUUAACUCAGAUGAGCCAUGUUUUGGCUGUGGAGCUAACAGACCAAGUGGUGAUAGACUGUGUCAGCGAGACUGCAGCCCAGGAGCUGAAAUGUGCAGUGGAGGCCGACCAGAGGGCUCGGCUGGACCGCUGCAGUGAGGACGUCUGUGCCUACUUAAUGGACUUGUUCUUGGAGGAAGAAACUUUCCAAACAGCAAAGGAGACCCUUCAGGAGCUUCAGUGCUUCUGCAAAUAUCUACAGCGAUGGAGGGAUGCUGUUGUAGCCCGAAAGAAGCUGAGGCGCCAGAUGCGUGCCUUCCCUGCAGCCCCCUGUGGAAUGGACAUAGCUGACCAGCUGAGGGCACUGAUUCCAAGUGCUGAGUGCCCCAUCACUGCAGAGAACUUGGCUCAAGGCCUCCUGAACUUGGGCCACGCUGGCAAGCUGGGUAUCUCCUGCACCAGACUGAGGCAGCUCAGGGACAUGGCCACUCACUGCAUGAAGGUCCAGUACUUCUUCCAGCAGCUGCUGAGGGAUGCAGUGUGGGCACCUCUGGACCUGCCAACCCUUGUCGCUGAGCACAUUCCCAGAUGGCAGGAGCAUGUGUUCUGGAAGCUGGUCUUGGUGCUGCCUGAAGAAGAAGAGCUGUCCCCAGAGAGUCCCAGCAGAAUUCUAGCAAAUUGGCUGAAGGUCAAAUUCAUAGGAAGUGGAGGACUGGCAGAUGGAACUAGUGGCGACACUGGUGGGAUCCAGACACUUGCUCUAGCAAGGGCGCUGAGCAGCAAAGGGGGCCAGACGGUGUCUGUCAGUGUGUGUGUGAAGGUGGCUUGUGGCACCCUCAGUGACCGCGCCUUUGAUGCAGUGGAGACACAGAAAGACCUCUUGGGUACCAGUGGACUGUUGUUGCUGCUACCCCCCCGAGUCCGGAGUGAGGACACGGCUGAGGAAGAUGUGUACUGGCUGUCAGCCCUCUUCCAACUCAAGCAACUCUUGCAGGCGAAACCUUUUCAGCCAGAAGUCCCACUGGCUAUUCUUGCACCCAGCCUGGGCGAGGAUGAUGUUGAGAAGGAUGUGGAAGAUGGCCUGAUGUUGCAGGAUUUGGUGUCGGCAAAGCUAAUAUCAGAUUACAUGGUUAUAGAGAUUCCAGAGUCUAUCCGUGAUUUACAAGGCACAGCUAAGGUCUCACAGGCAGUGAAAUGGCUGGUUUCUCGGUGCCCCAGUACCUUGGAUCUCUGCUGCCAGACACUGACCCAGUACAUCGAAGAUGGAGUCGCCAGGGAGUUCAGUAACCGAUUCUUCCAUGACCGGCAAGAGCGGCGACUGGCUGGGCUGGCCUCACAGGAGCCCAGCGCCGUCAUUGACCUCUUCAAUAGUGUGCUGCAUUUCCUAGCCACUGUGGCUUCCUUUGAGCAGCUCUGUGACCUGUCCUGGCCUGUGUCUGAGUUUGCUGAGGUGGGGGGCAACCAGUUACUACCUCACCUGCACUGGAAUAGCCCAGAACACCUGGCCUGGCUGAAGCAGGCAGUGCUGACCUUUCAGAUCCCACAGAUGGACCUCCCACCUCCUGGGGCACCCUGGGCCCCUGUGUGCACUAUGGUCCUCCAGUAUGCAUCUCAGAUCUCCAGCUCACACAGGACGCAGCCUGUCCUCCAGUCCCAGGUGGAGAGUCUGCUUGGCAAGACCUACAGCAGGUGGAGGAGCCAGAACCCCAUGCCAGAUGGGGCACCGGGACCUUCAGUUGCAGAGAUCCCAUGGGAUGACUUCCUCGCCUUAUGCAUUGACCACAAGCUUCAGGAUUGGUCACCUCCCCGGCUCCCUGUCACCUCAGAGGCACUGAGUGAAGAUGGUCAGAUUUGUGUAUAUUUUUUUAAAAACCAUUUGAAAAAAUAUGAGGUCCCUUUGUCAUGGGAACAAGCCAGGAUACAGACGCAGAAGGAGCUCCAGCAGGCCCAGGGCCGCUUGAGGAUCAAGUCUCUCCACCCUUCUCACCGUUUCCCGUCUCCAUUACAUCACAUCCGCGUGAAACAGAAUAGGAGCCCUGCGACUGGCCGGGACAGGGGUGUCCCCAGUGCUGAGGAGCUGAUCAGCGGUGCUUCGCCUGAAGAGCGCCUCUCACAGUGCCUGUCCAGCAGCCUCCUCCGGGAGAAGGAGGAGAACAGGAGGUUUGAAGAUCAGCUUCAGCAGUGGUUGUCUGAAGACUCAGAAGCUUUUACAGAGUCACCUUCCCUUCCUCUCUACCUUCCUCAAACUCUGGUGUCUCUGCCUCAGACUGUGCAACCUAGAGUGAAAACUUCUACACCUACGAACCCACAGACUAGAAGGACAGCAGAGCACCUACAGUCAUCUGAAGCAGUGGGCUCAUCUCUCACUGAUCGGCUGAAGCACCUGGAGAGGCUUCUCCAGAGCUCAAGGGAAGAGGAGGUCACAUCCGAGUUCCAUCUCUCUGCUUUGCUCGACAUGGUGGACAUUUGA